GGUAACUGCGUAAGGCUUUGCCCCUGGGGCCUACGAUUGCCUUUGUCAGGUAAGACUAGCUUCUGUUUCACCGUCCAGGUUGGCAUAUGUUCAUGGAAAAGCGAUCUGGGGACUAUCAUUGAGCACCAUUUCAGAAGAUUCAAUCGAUAUCUACCUGCCCACAUCGACACGCAAGACCUUGCUUUUACAGAUACAGCUCCCUCGAUCAACGAGAAUGAGAUUCUAUCAAGUUGGCCGCCUGGCACUAUCUCUCCCUCUCCUGGGGUUCGCAGGUCCUGGCUCGUUCGCUCAAAACGGGACGUCUCUUCCUUCCCUAUUAGAUGCGACAGUCGAUGAACUUGCUGCUGGUCUUGGAGCCAAGCUCUUCACCAGUGUUGAUUUGGUCAAAGCCUACACUAAACGCAUCUUGGAAGUGAAUAACGAGUUGCACGCCAUCACGGAGAUCAACCCAGAUGCGUUGAAGAUUGCGAAAGAUUUGGACUACGAACGCAAGUUUGGAAGGCUGAGAGGGCCCCUCCAUGGGUUGCCCAUACUCAUCAAAAACAACAUCGCCGCUGCCGACCUGAUGAACAACACAGCAGGCUCAUAUGCUCUUCUGGGAGCUAGAGUCUCCCGGGAUGCGACUGUUGUGGCAAAGUUACGCAAAGCUGGAGUGAUUAUUCUUGGAAAGGCGAAUAUGAGCCAAUGGGCUAACUUCCGCUCAUCGAACUCCUCCAAUGGAUGGUCGGCACAUGGCGGACAGGUAUAUGGUGCUUACUAUCCACAACAAGAUCCGUCUGGGUCCUCCUCAGGUUCGGGCGUGGGCUCCUCUCUCGGGCUUGCACUUGCAGCGCUAGGGACGGAGACGGACGGAUCUAUCCUCAGUCCGGCACAAGCGAAUAACAUUGUCGGUAUCAAACCUACUGUGGGACUUACUUCUGGAGCACUUGCUAUCCCAAUCUCCCCCCGCCAGGAUACCAUCGGUCCUCUGGCUCGGACUGUCAAGGACGCAGCCUAUGUUCUUCAAGCGAUCGCUGGAAAGGAUCCGUUGGAUAAUUACACGUCCGCUAUUCCCGGGACUAUUCCCAAUUACGUUGCCGCUUGCAAGCUCGAUGCUCUAAAAGGCAAACGCAUUGGCGUUCCGCGGAAUACAUUCGACACUCAAACUGAACCUUUCGCUUCCAUGAACAGGGCAUUUGAUGCUGCCCUGAACGUGCUCAAGGAUGCUGGAGCCAUCAUCGUUGAUAACACCAACUACACUGCCUGGGACCAGCUACUACAGAGCCCAGCUGAGGCCCAGGUUCUAGGCGCAGACUUCCAAGCCAACUUGAAGCAAUAUCUCGCACAACUGACUUACAAUCCAAAGAACAUGACCUCCCUUGCAGAUGUCAACCAGUUCACCAAGACCUUUCUCCCCGAGGAGUAUCCGUCCAGGGACACAUUCAUCUUCGACUGGGUGCUGUCCCUGCCGUUCAACAACACCUCUCCCGAGGCGUGGGCAGCCUACCAAUAUAACCAGUAUCUUGGCGGUACCGGUGGCCUCCUAGGCGCACUACAGAACUAUACCCUUGAUGCAGUCGUUCUCCCCACUCGGGUCUCGUCUUCCGUAUCUGCCAUCAUCGGUGGUCCUGUCGUAACCGUUCCCCUGGGCGCUCUCGCUCCCGACACGCCGGUGGUACCGAAUAGCAGAGGAGAUCUCGUCGCCUCGUCGCCGAAUUAUCCGUUUGGCAUAGCGUUUGCGGGACCACAUUGGUCUGAGGCGAAGCUCAUCGGCUUUGCAUAUGCAUUUGAACAGAGAACGAAUGUUCGAAAGCAGGUGAAGCCAUAUAUUGCGCCGAAGACGGAGCUGGUGGAUGUGAUUGGGAUAUGACACGGACCGCAAUCCUGACGGGAAGGUUU